AUGACUGUUGAUCCAUGUUUGAUCACUGCGCUCGUAGACCAUUGGCGACCCGAGACAUCAACCUUUCACUUGUCGUUAGGUGAGGUUACGAUCACUCUAAAGGACGGUGCGACACUGACCGGUCUACCGAUCGACGGUGAUCCCUUCAUAGUAAUAUACCAGAUGAUGAGUGGUUGGGGAUGUGUACGAGAUUGUUAG